AUGGCUCGUCAGUGUAUAAAGUGUCAGAAACCAGGCGAAUAUACCUCACUGGAGACCACAAAGGCUGUUUUCUGCUACGAAUGUUACCUAGAAAGUAUCAAACAGAAGUUCAGAGCUGCAUUGAGCAAGACAAAGCUCUUCAAACAGUCGGAGCCGAUUGAUGUCCUUGUUGUUGCACAGAAGGAUGUAAGAUCUGAGGCUUUGAUCAAGUUAAUGAAGGAGUCAUACGAUGAAAGGAAGAAACUCAAAUUGAAUGCCAGAGUAAGACGAAAUAAAAAUUUUUUAUGUCUUGUUUUAGAUCUUCUAUGUUAACUUUUCCGGCGAGAGUGAUGAUUGUAGUAUUGACGAGACUGACGAGGAUAAGCCAGAUACUGUUGACAUUUCUCUGGCUUUCUGUCGAAACCUCAACUCGGUUCAUUUAAUGACUGGGUCGUUUCAAAUUCCGGUAUUUUAUGCGUAAAAUUCAUUUGUAUUGUUUAGAAGUUUGACUAUUUUUACGUAAGGAGGCUUCUUCCGGACAAUGCAGCUUUGAAGGACGAAUUCAAACGUCUUCUAAUGGACUACUUUGUCUACCGACUGGCGGAACGUCUAGGAAUUUCGACGGUCCUUACAGCCGAAAACGCUGAAACUUUGGCACAAAAAACAUUGAAUGCAACUUGCAUGGGACGAGGUGAGCAUUUCUUCUAAUAGGAAGGGUAACUAUAAGCAAAUUUUUACCUUAAUUUUGCAGCCGAUUCAAUUCCUCAUGUAACAAAUGUUUUGGAUCAGCGACAUCCGUCGGUCAACAUCGUCCGCCCUCUGAGGAACAUCACCAACACUGAGAUCGCAUUUUUGACCUCCAAGGCUCCCUCAACUACUUACGGGAAUUCCGUUUCGUCUAAAUUCUUGGAGAACGUUACAGCCAAUGGUUACCCUGGAACAGUAUCUACUGUGCUGAGUGUUGCUUCCAAGAUUCAAGCAGUGGUUGACGAGGAGAUUGGAAAAUCAUCGAGUCCACUUCGCUGUUGGUUAUGUCAAAUGCCAUCGAAGGGUGGUCUUUGUCAAGGAUGCACUAAUUUCACUUCCCAGAUCCCAUUCAGACAAAGACAGGAUUUUCUGGAAGCCUUUGAUCGGGGUGAAGUGGUUGACGAUUAA